GCCGGCCCCUUUGUCUGUCCGCAGCCCCGCCCGUCCCAGCAGUGGAGCCGGUGAGCCCUCUGCCGAGGGAAGGACCCCCCUGCUCCUGGGCCAGGGAAACAUGUCCCGUCGGAAACAGACUACUCCUAAUAAAGUUCAUUUGAACAAGAUCAUCUAUUUCUGCAAUAUCUGAUUCUGUCACCAUGUCUCAGAGGAGACCAUCAUAUGAACAUGCGGCCAGCUGGUAUGAAGCUAACAUACAGGCUCUGGUAUCCAUCUAGGGAGAGGCGCUCUGGUACCAAUUGAACUUCUUCACACACAACACGUUAAUGUAUGACCAGGUAUCUGAGCAGCUGUUUGACGUGGGCAUCACCAGGAGAAGCAAGUGGUGCCACAAGAAGAAAAAGGGACUGAAAGGCCUAUGCAGCAUGACCCAGGACAGUAACAGUCUCUCCGGCUCAGGAUGGAAAACUGACCCCUUUUAUAAUGAGCAGCACUGAACUGUCGGGACUCACCCAGCCUGCGGAGAGCCCAGGAGUGCCAUGCAGAGCACUUGUGACAGACAAGGAGCAUCAGCUCCAAGAACUGGGUGAACUGUCGGUAUGAGGAGUCAGAAUGGGAGACAACAGGCGUAUUACUGGGAUCUCUUCCUGGGGACGGAGAUAGCUUGGGAGGAGGAGGAAUUGGGCCGCAGUGCCCUUACAGCCAUAUGGACAUGCCCGAACAGGGAUGGGCAGGUGCAUUAGCUCCCCAGUGAGCAAGUUUCAGGUCCUGGAAAAGGAAGUGUGGAGAAGACCUGUGUGAACAGGGACUUUGGUCCCUCCUUGAACUUGUACAAGUAUUUAAAGAGGCUCCUCUCAGGACUCGUGUAGGCUGAGCCGGACAGGGGACUUGUGUAAGGCUUUUGCAGAGCGCGAGAGAUGUGAAUGGAGGAGGCAGGGUCCCAGAGGGACAGGGCUCAGGAAAAACUGCCUGCCAGGUUAACACCAUCUGGUCUUAGCAUGCCUUCCCCUCCUGCCCAGCACCACUGGGGCCCUGUACCACCACAGCCAUUCUCAGGCAUCCCCCUCUUUUACAAGACUGUGGAAAGGAGAACUGGAGCCCAAAAGAGAGAGACUAUCAGGACCUCCGCAUGCGCUCUCUCUAACUCUGGUGACUUGUUUUGGUAUUGCAGCAACCUGCAGCCUUGUUUGUAUUUAAUAAAGUUGUGGAAAAGCAUUUGUGAGUUCAGUACCAAGCAUACUGUCCUUUAUCCCCACAAGCCACUCCUCGUGCUCCUUUGUCAAAGGGCGUGCAACACCUCCAACGCAGGAGCUAUAUGAAUGCAUACAAACAACGAGAGGAAAAUCCCACCACCUUGGACUGGUCUCUUGUACCUUGGUCCUGCCAGUCUGAGGUUGCGAUGGGGACCCAAAGGACAGAAGCAGCACUCCACCCAAUGGAAAUCAUUCUCCAGCACGAUUUGGAAUCAUCCACUGGGGGAGCAAGUCUUCGCAGGGCUGGAGGAGCAAGCCCGCCAGGCCAUGAUGAAAAAUGACUUUCCUGGAGCCUUUGGAGAGCAGCGGCCAACAAUUCACCAACUGCAGGAUCAGGACUCCAGCAGCAGUGACAGUGAGGGUGAGGAAGAGGAGACCACGCAGGAUGAAGUCUCUUCUCACACUUCUGAGGAGGAUGGCACGAUGGUGAAAGUGAAAACGGAAUUAGAAAAUGCAGAGCAGCCUGUAGCUGGAAACCAACAGAUUGGAGAAAAUGAGGUGACUGAGGAUUUGAAUACAGCGUCCAUGCUGGGACUGUCGCAGUGCCCACUCUGCCAGCUGGAAUGUGGGAGCAGAGAGCAGCUCAUUGCUCACGUGUACCAGCACACUGCAGCUGUGGUCAGCGCCAAGAGCUACAUGUGUCCGGUGUGUGGCAGAGCCCUCAGCUCCCCAGGGUCCCUGGGGCGACACCUCCUGAUCCACUCAGAGGACCAACUGUCAAACUGUGCAGUGUGUGGGGCACACUUCACCAGCCAUGCCACAUUCAACAGUGAGAAACUGCCAGAAGUGCUUAGUGCAGAUUCCUUGCCCACCCUGCACAGCGAGGGCCCGUCUGGUGCUGAGGACAAGGACGUUGCCUUUAACGCCCCUGUGUAUCCUGCGGGCAUCCUCCUAGUGUGCAACAACUGUGCUGCCUAUCGCAAGCUGCUGGAGGCACAGGCUCCUGGCGUGCGCAAGUGGGCGCUUCGCCGGCAGAACGAGCCACUAGAAGUGCGGCUUCAGCGCCUGGAGCGGGAGCGCACGGCCAAGAAGAGCCGGCGGGACAACGAGACGCCAGAGGAGCGGGAGGUGAGGCGCAUGCGGGACCGAGAGGCUAAACGCCUGCAGCGCAUGCAAGAGACAGACGAACAGCGGGCGAGGCGGCUACAGAGGGACCGGGAGGCCAUGAGACUGAAACGUGCUAAUGAGACCCCGGAGAAGCGGCAGGCUCGGCUCAUCCGGGAGCGCGAGGCCAAGAGGCUGAAGCGGCGCCUGGAGAAAAUGGACAUGAUGCUUCGGGCCCAGUUUGGCCAGGACCCCUCUGCCAUGGCUGCUUUGGCAGCCGAGAUGAACUUCUUCCAGCUGCCAGUGAGCAACGUGGAGCUGGAAAGCCAACUGCUGGGCAAGAUGGCCUUCGAGGAGCAGAGCAACAGCACGCUGCAUUGAGCUGCAGCCCAACCACCGCCGCGGCUCCACGUGGCCCACUGGACGCCAGCAGCCUGGCCGCUGCCGCUCCCCAGCGGGAGGCUCACAUACGGCACCUGACGGACCCUUCCCGCCCCCACUUCUCCCACAACAGGCAGAUCUGGGCUGCUCCUGCACAUGGGAAUGGAGCUGGGAGGCGUCCGCUCAGGCAGCACUGGUGAGAGUGGGCUGUCGGGAUACAGUCUGCUCCAGUGGCCGAGCCACAGCCGACGAACAGAGGGAAAAUAAAUUAAUUUUAUGUGUAA